AUGAGAAUACUUAAAUCAACAAAAGUUCAGUUUAAGAGAUCGUUUUCACCUCAUGAAACUCAUUUUGUAUCAGUGUGUUCCUUAUAUGUAGUAGCACCAACUGCUCAAACAAUUCAUAGUGGAAGAUUUACUUUAAUUUGCUGUUGGAAUUUAGUAUUUACAACAAAAGUAGAACCAAAUAAACAUUCACAUUGUUAUGCAAAUUCCUGCAACCGUAUUUUUCCUCAACGAUCUAUUCGAGUUUUACUUUGUCCAUUUCUAGUCUAG